AUGACCUCCACGCUAAUAGAACUAAUAUCUCCGCCUGUUUUCUCUAUAAGCAAAGCCAACACCUUUGCAGAAGGUCAGUCAAUGACGGUAAAAGACGAUGAGAAAAGACGAUGCGAAAAAGUUCCGUUCGUAUAA